UUGUCUUUUGAUCGCAAUUCUUUUCUUCCUUUACCGUCCUUUAUUUUCUUUUUCUUUCUAUCUUUAUUGAAUUUCUAUCUUCUUCCUAUUCUCUUCUUUCCUUUCUUCAUUUGUAUUUUUCUUUCUUUUCUUUCUUUUCUUCCCAAUUUCUUUCUUUCAAUGUCUUUCUUUUUCUCUCGUUUUUUUCUUUCCAUCUUUUUCCAAAUAGCACUUGCUAUUUAUCUCAUCAUUCAUUUUCACCUUCUUUCAUUUUAUAAAUGCAUUUCCUUAGUAUUUCUUUUCGCAGUCUCUCCUGUUAGCAUUUCUCUCUUAGUAUUUCUCUUCUUUUCUCUUAUAAUUCCUUUCGUAGUCCCUCCUAUUAGUAGUAUUUCUCUCUUAGUAUUUCCUUUCUUUUCUCUUGUCCCUCCUAUUAGUAGUAUUUCUCUCUUAGUAUUUCCUUUCUUUUCUCUUGUCCCUCCUAUUAGUAGUAUUUCUCUCUUAGUAUUUCCUUUCUUUUCUCUUGGUAAUUCCUUUCGUAGUCCUCCUAUUAGUAGUAUUUCUCUCUUAGUAUUUCCUUUCUUUUCUCUUGUCCCUCCUAUUAGUAGUAUUUCUCUCUUAGUAUUUCCUUUCUUUUCUCUUGUAUUUUUCUUUUCCUCUUUUUCUCUCUUAGUAAUUCCUUUCGUAGUCCCUCCUAUUAGUAGUAUUUCUCUCUUAGUAUUUCCUUUCUUUUCUCUUGUCCCUCCUAUUAGUAGUAUUUCUCUCUUAGUAUUUCCUUUCUUUUCUCUUGGUAAUUCCUUUCGUAGUCCCUCCUAUUAUCCCUUUAUUAGUAUUUCUCUCUUAGUAUUUCCUUUCUUUUCUUUGGUAAUUCCUUUCGUAGUCCCUCCUAUUAGUAGUAUUUCUCUCUUAGUAUUUCCUUUCUUUUCUCUUGUAUUUCCUUUCUUUUCUCUUGGUAAUUCCUUUCGUAGUCCUCCUAUUAGUAGUAUUUCUCUCUUAGUAUUUCCUUUCUUUUCUCUUGGUAAUUCCUUUCGUAGUCCCUCCUAUUAUAUUUCUUUUCUUUUCUUGGUAAUUCCUUUCGUAGUCCCUCCUAUUAGUAGUAUUUCUCUCUUAGUAUUUCCUUUCUUUUUUCUCUUGUAUUUCCUUUCUUUUCUCUUGGUAAUUCCUUUCGUAGUCCCUCCUAUUAGUAGUAUUUUCUUAGUAUUUCCUUUCUUUUCUCUUGUCCCUCCUAUUAGUAGUAUUUCUCUCUUAGUAUUUCCUUUCUUUUCUCUUGGUAAUUCCUUUCGUAAUCUUUCCUAUUACUAUUGGUCUCUUAGUAUUUCUCUCUUGUAUUAUCGCUUAGUAUUUCCUUUCUUUUCUCUUAGUAUUUCCUUUCGUAGUUGUCGACAUCGGCUUAAUACUAUGCUACCAUUUUUCCACUUGUCUCUAUCAUUUUUCGUUUGUUUCAUAUCGUCGCCAUCUUUCAUUUGUGUUUACUUUUCAUCAUCAUCAUCAUCAUCAUCAUUUUCGAUUCUUUUUAUAUUCUUCUUCCUCUUCUUCUCACUUUUUGUGGCCGUCUUUUUCGUUGUCUCUUUCUUCUUCUUCACUGUCUUUUUUCUUUUUUUUCUUGGUUGCCGUCUUCUUCUUCUUCUUCUUCUUCUUCUUCUUCUUCUUCUUCGUUGUCUUCUUUUUCAUUCGAUUUCCUUAUAUAUUUCUUCUUUUAACUCAUGUUUCUCCAUUUUCACUUUUCUUCUUCCCUCUCUGUCUUCAAUUCGCUAUUUCUAUCCUUUUCAUCAUCACCCCCGAAUCAUCGCCACACCCACAACCCAAAUACUCCUGACGGACGAUCAGCGUGGGUCAAGGAUCGUCCGAGGUGAAAUGCCCACGACUCUCCUUCGCAUACCAAUUGUCGACGAACAUCCCCAUCUACCCUCGAUGGAAAGACAUACGGGAAUUGAUCUGGGAAAAGAUAGAUCUGUCUCUCUUUCUCUCUUUCUAAUUCUCACUCUAUCUUUUAGGUGUUUUUUCUCUACUUACUAUUCUAUAUUCUUCCUUUCAAAUCUCUCUCUUUCUCUCCCUCUAUCCGUUGUGUGUCUUUCUCAAUUCACUAUCCUUCUCUCUUUCUCGUUCUCUCUCUAUAUUUUUUGUGUUUCUCUCCCUCUAUCCGUUGUGUCCGUCAAUUCACUAUCCUUCUCUCUUUCUUUCUCUCUCUAUAUUUUUUUGUGUUUUCCCUCUAUCCGUUGUGUGUCUUUCUCAAUUCACUAUCCUUCUCUCUUUCUCGUUCUCUCUCUAUAUUUUUUGUGUUUCUCUCCCUCUAUCCGUUGUGUGUCUUUCUCAAUUCACUAUCCUUCUCUCUUUCUCGUUCUCUCUCUAUAUUUUUUGUGUUUCUCUCCCUCUAUCCGUUGUGUGUCUUUCUCAAUUCACUAUCCUUCUCUCUUUCUCGUUCUCUCUAUAUAUUUUUUGUGUUUCUCUCCCUCUAUCCGUUGUGUGUCUUUCUCAAUUCACUAUCCUUCUCUCUUUCUCGUUCUCUCUCUAUAUUUUUUGUGUU